AACAUUAUUGCAUACAGCCUAGAGCCCAUUGCUUUUUCUUUCUACGUAUUUCAAAUUUGUAUAGAAUUGCACUGACCGAUUGCAUGCACCGCUUAACAGCCUCUACUCCACACCAUCAUUUUUCUCAUCGAAAUGGCACUCGUUGCCCGGCUGACGGCGCGAUUCAAUGCGUACUAUGAAGAACGACCUCUCAUGACCAUGAUGGUCACCAAUGCCAUCCUUGGUGGCAUCGCCGAUACCGUCGCGCAAACCAUCACCUCUGUGCGCCAGCGAGCCCUCAGAAAGCCUGGUGGAAUCACCAAAGACGAUGACAUCGCUAUUGAGAUCCACGAGCUAGAUGAAAAGAACCCAUUCCUAGACCGCGAACUCAUUCCCGAGUCCAAGAGCCUGCCUCCGCCUUUUGACUUUGAACGACUUACAAGAUUCAUGGCUUAUGGUUUCUGCAUGGCCCCUAUUCAAUUCAGAUGGUUCAAGUUUCUCUCAUCGGUUUUCCCCAUUACCAAGGGAAGUGCUUUUGGGCCUGCCAUGAAGCGAGUUGCCUUUGAUCAACUCAUCUUCGCGCCAUUCGGUGUGGGGGUCUUCUUUACGGCCAUGACUCUGGCUGAGGGAGGUGGCCGCCGCGCAGUCGCUCAUAAGCUACGAGACAUGUAUGUCCCUACGCUCAAAGCCAACUACGCUCUUUGGCCCGCAGUACAGGUUAUCAACUUUCGCUUGAUGCCAGUGCAAUUCCAGCUCCCAUUUGUCUCGACUGUUGGUAUUGCCUGGACUGCCUAUCUCUCCCUGACCAAUGCCUCGGAUUAAAUUCAAGACAAGACGAAGUCGCCACCUUGGUGGAAUCAUCAACAUGUCAGGAGUGCCACAGAGCACUCAAUUGGGGAGGUAGCGGGAGG